CUAACGAAAAGAUGUAUAAGGUAAAUGCACCAGAGGAGGAGCAAUGAUGUAUUGUUUUAUAAACCACGAUGAGUCAAGACAGUAGCCAAGGGCAGCAACCAAGGGCAGCAGCCAAAGGCAGCGUGAGGUGGCGGAGAGCAGGGCUGCUGGCAGAGCGGCGAGGGGUGCACGUGGCAGCGCCUGAGCGGGAGGGACGAGAAGCGGCGGAGGCCAAACGAGAAUAGACUUCAGAUUUCAGAUGACAUUUCUCUUACCAUCACAACAACAACGAACACUUGACACGGGAAACUUAAUAUCAUUAUCAGGUAAUACGUGAUAUGUAAAUAAGGCACACCUAAUUCCGUGACAAAAAAAUGCAGAUUGAAAAAAUAUAUGAUGCGCGGUCCAGGGUUGAGGGGUUGCAGAGAGUCAGUAGUGCGUGAGACCUCGGCAGGGUUAGGACACACCGCCCUCAGCUCCUGGCCAAUACUCAGGCCAUCUCAGGUUUAACUUAGCAACCUAUUCCCUUCACUUCACAUCUGGAAGAUAGGUACUGAGAGCAUCACAGCAGUAUUUGCGGGACCUGUCAUGAAUCACUGAAAUCUAAGAAAAAAAUAUCCACGACCUGUUGCAGCUCCCCGCCGGCAGCCUCUCCACUUAGCGCCGCCACCCCAUCAACUCUCCAGCUUUACAAGAGAGUCUGCCCUUAGCUGCUCCAGAAAGAUGUGAUCGUGUUCCCGACAAGAGCGGCGCGUGACCCCAAGUGACGGAGCGAGCAUCACGGUGAGCAUAUGUGUCUUCUUUUUCAGGAAAUCUGAUGCGUAAAUUUAGAUGAACGACUUCUCGGCAUCCUCGUGAGGCGUCCCAUGCUGGUGUGAUGGGAGCAUUGUGUCCGUGCGUGCCGUGAAAGGUGCAGGCGGUGUGUUGAGGUGCGUGGAGACAAUCGUGUCAUCGAGGACUGAUAAAAGACACCCACGAAAAUACAGGACACCAGUAAAUGCACAAUCCCGCAAGAAGUUGAGAAUAAGGAACAAAUGGUGAACGCUGGUGUUUUCCUUCUUGCUGACAGCGAAUAACAACGGUAAAGUUACAGUGUAUACUCGCAAUAAGACACACAUGAAACGAGCACUGGAAAGCACAACUGCUGCAGGAAAUAAAAGAAACGUGAGGAAACAAAGCGGAGUGUAUUGAAGUGAAGACAACGCAGCCAAUCUGUAAGCAAACCGCUACACUUCACUCACUCACACCCACCAGCACACACACACACACACACACACAGACACACACACACGGAGGCGGCAGUGGUAUAGGCAGCAAGCAAGUGACUGACAAGCCUCCCCACGCCGCGGCCACGAGAAUGUAGCAUCGCAGGGACUUCAACAGACCCACCAGCGGCAGAUAAGAAUGGUGCAAGAUGAGAGGGCCACCAGGACGCGUGCGGGACAGUGGGCAGCGUCCUCCUCACCACCACCCCCACCACGACGAGGAACUUCCCACCCCCGCCCCGCCCCGCCCUCUCGCCCCAGCCACACCAAAAAUGUCCUGACGAUGGUUGCUGUGGUCUUCUUUGCCUUCGUCAGUGCAGGUCGGGGACACAUCCGGGAGGGUCGCCUGGGGCCGCCUCUGCUGGUGCGCGGGUCACAGCCUACGUUGCCCCCGCCCUCCCCACCUCAGCUGGACCCAGCCCACUCCGCUGAUGUCACGGCCCUCGCUGACCGCCCCGCCAUCCUCAACUGUCGCGUGCACAACAUCAACAACAAGACGGUGUCGUGGAUCCGGCAUCGGGACAUUCACCUGCUGACGGUGGGCCGCUACACCUACACUUCAGACCAGCGGUUCAGGGCGCUGCACGAGGAUGAUUCCGACGACUGGAUCCUCAAGAUAAACUACGUGCAGCCGCGGGACUCGGGCGUGUACGAGUGUCAAGUGUCCACGACUCCUCCCCUCUCGCACUUCAUUUCGCCUCACCAGCCGCACACGCACAUCCUGGGAGGCCCCGACAUGCACAUCAACACAGGCUCCACCAUCAACCUGACCUGCCUGGUGGAGUACAGCCCGGAGCCGCCAGACUUCGUCUACUGGAACCACAACAACAAGAUAAUCAGUUACGACUCAAGCCGCGGAGGAGUGACCGUCAUUCUGGAGAAAGGGGACCUCACUACCAGCUCCUUGCUCAUCCAAAAGGCGCGGCCCUCUGACUCCGGCCGCUACGAUUGCAACCCCUCCAAUGCAGACUCCGCUAACAUCACAGUACACGUGUUGUAUGGCGAGCACCAGGCAGCGAUGCAACACGGAGGGCAGAGCGCCUACACCAACUCCUCCCUCGGUACCAUCCUGUUUCUCCUGGGGCUCCUGACCGCCCUUCACGCAACGUUCAAGUAAAGCAGGAGCGCUCUCGCCAGCCAAAACGUCAUCCUGAAUCUUGCUCCGUCUUCCCUAGAAACCACUCAUGCGGGACAAAUGGCAGGAUGAGGGCAAAGGAGGCCGCAUCGUCUCGCCCCACAAGGCAAGUGCUCGGAGCUGAUUUGGUCUGAAGCACAUCGACAUGACCCGGACAAGCAUGGCGUUGGCCUCUGGGAAUUCACCCAUCUAGGACUUCAUAUCCCUUGAAGUGUUAAUGUCGUGGAAGAUAAGGACCUAAUACAAGUUGAAUGAAGUGCCUUAGGAGGAGCAUUUAUCGGGAAUGCCCGUGUGAGUACUACAUGUAUAGGAACACGAAAUGAUAGCCCGUGUUUGCCUGAACUAGAAAGGCCUUCCGUCGACGUUGUGACUAUUCCGAAAGUGACUUUUAUGGACGAUGAGGGCCUCAGGUAAGUUAAAUGGAAUUAUUAAAAUGUUAUAAUAGAAAUAGAUAAUGGAAAUACUGGCAUGAACACCAAAGAGAGAAAAUACGAGGCUGUUGUGAAUCUUGUGAAUCAAUACUGGAAAUAUUCAGUGUCUCCUUAUGUUAAAGACGAGAAUCUUACUCGUAAAUAAGCAGAAUUAUUGCAUUCGCAGGGCGUCAGCCAAGAUAUUAAGGAGUGAAAGCCAUUAACAUAAAUUUGACGGGUGCUGGACUGUCUAUAUAUUGAAGUACAAAUAUAUUUUUUUUUCC